AUGAAUGGCCAGCUCUCGGAUAAUGAUAAUUAUGACGAAGAGAGCUGUGGAAGCAGUAGUAGUAUAGCCAGAGAAGACAUAUCGGAGCCGUUGGGCACAUCAGAGUGUGGUAGGUCUGGCAGGUCUGGAAGGUCUGGUAGAUCUGGCGGAUCAGUCGUAUCCGAUUUCGAAGAGGAGGCCCUUUCAGACUCGACCACAACUACUACUCCUUACUCGACAACCAGUGGCUCUUCAUUAGGCACUCCGUCAGUGGUCGGAGACGUCAAGAAUGAGAUGACAGAUAACGAGGAACUCUUUGCCACCACUAAUGACUUGAAUUCCAAAGGAUUAAAGUGUAGCCAAAAGCACAACCCAAUGACAUCCCAUUCACACUCAACCAUCACUUCCAAUAGAACUAAACUCAAAGAUCUCGAGGACUGGUCCACCGCUUCAGUCAAUAUGAAUAAUACUUCCAUCUCUUCACAUCAGUUCCAAAGAAUGCACUCAUCAUAUCAUAUGACGCUGUGA